AAUGGCACUGACUAUGGGUUCCUGGUGCGUCAGAACUCAGAGCUGCUGCGAGCUCUGGAUGAGAUGGAGAAGACCUGCACCCAGCUGAGAGAGGAGAACAGCCUGCUGGUAAAACACUGUUCACUCUAUGGAGAGACUAAGACUGAACUAACUGGCUACAGGAGUUAGAGGCCUGGACUCUCUUUCAACAGCCGCUGAGUUUAGCACAGGUCAAUGCCACGAUGCUGAGACUCAGAUGUUACACGUUAAGGCCAAGCACCACAGGCUGAAACUGCAUCUACCUAUCAAUUUAGGGAUUAGUUGGUAUUUUUGUCCAUUAAUAUUAGAAAAUGUAGAAAACUUUUAAUUUUUAUUGCCGUUUUUGUGCAUUUAUCAGACUGCCAUCAGUUGGCCUGAUUUCAGAUGUGUCCAUGUAAACAAGAUUAUUAGGGAAAUCGUUCUUCUUGCAAAGCAUGUAAACAUUUAAAUCAAACUAUUAUAUUAAUCUGACUAUCCACAAUGUAUUAUUGUUUAUUAUAAUAUUGUCGUAUUAUUGUGUGCAUACUGGCUGUGUUCCUAUUGGUCAGUCACCGGGAUCGGCUCGUAACAUGAUGAAGGCAAAAAAUCUGAAACUGCUAGAAUUUAGCCAGAGCCUAUUUAAUCAGCAGAUAUAGACCCUGUCACACUGAACGAACCAAGAUGUCCGACAAUCGUUUACGACUGAAGAAUUUGCCCACAACCUGGACAUUUUGUCGAAGACGUCAAAAUCGUGGCAUAAAACUGCUAAAAUUGUACAGUCUGCAAAGGCCUUUAGAUAUAUUCUCCAGACUUGCCCAGAGGGAAUUGUUGAUAUGUUGUACAUUUUUUAUUCUAAAUAACUUAUUUGGGGGGAAAAAUGCGCCAAAAAUGUAUUUAGUAUUUCACAGAUAGAAAGAUUUAAAAAGUAUUUAUCCACAAUCUUGCUCUGGACAAGUCCGGUCCUGCAUGUCUUAACAAAAUGAAACAGAAAAUAUUUACUUCAGCCAAUGUUCAGAAAAAUGAAUUAGCAUGGUAUGCAAAUAUGUGCGCAUAUUUAAUGAGGUAUCACUUCAUUUGCAUAUUUCAAAAAAAUACUUCUGAAAUGUUUCUACAAAACAAGUAGCAUAUUUGUGUCUACAUUCAACUGGUAAAAGUUGAUUGUGAUAUGAUUAAGAGGAACAAAAAUCCCUAUUAGGGUGUGGUGUAGGUCAAACAAAAACCAAUGAUUGCAAACCAUACAACUCUCUGCUCAAGGACUACAUUUAACAAUUUCCACUGAACAUUGUACAAAAAAACACAUUUACUUGAAGAAGAGUACAGAUGCAAAGUUUGGUAACAGAAUGACGGCACAAACAGCACAAACUGCCUUUCUGUUACCAAACUUUGAGCUGUUUUUGUAAAAUGUUCUGUGGAAAUAGAGUUGUAUGGUUUGUUUAAAUUUGUAAUCACUGGUUUUUGUUAGACACACAUUUUAAUGUGAAAGAUCUGAAUCUCAGCAUCACUCUGUUACAGUGGAAUUGCCCCACACAAGACCAAGUUCCAAGUGUCUUGAGAAAACGUUUCCAGGACCGUGGACUAGACUUAAAACCUGAACUAGCUUUUGUCCAGGGCCGUAGACUUAAACAGAACUAUAUUUUGUCCAGGGCCGUGGACUAGACUUAAAACCUGAACUAGCUUUUGUCCAGGGCCGUAGACUUAAAACCAGAACUAUAUUUUGUCCAGGGCCGUGGACUAAACUUAACCAGAACUAGCUUUUGUCUUUGUCUUUUGAGCCCCUCUCUUCAGUUUCAGCUACUGUACUAUUUUGGUCCUGUCCUCACAACACCUGUCCUGUCCUGUACUGUCCUGUCCUGUCCUGUCCUGUCCUGUCCUGUCCUGUCCUGUCCUGUCCUGUCCUGUCCUGUCCUGUCCUGGCUGUGUCAGUCAGAGCUGCAGGCCUGUGGAGGAGGGUUUUAAUAUAUCUCUCUCACAGGAUGUUGGUGUCACCUUAAUUAGGGAGGACGGGCUCAUGGUAAUGGCUGGAGCGGAAUUGGUGGAAUGGUAUCAUACACCAAACACAUGGUUUCCAUGGUUUCCAGGUGUUUGAUGCCAUUCCAUUCGCUCCGUUCCAGCUAUUAUUAUGAGCCGUCCUCCCCUCAGUAGCCUCCACUGACUCUAUCCUUCUCUCUCGCUGCAGCGGAAGAGCAGCGCCCCAGAGACGGAGGAGAAGGUGAAGCGUCUGAGGAGGAAGAACAUAGAGCUGGCUGUCAUCGCUAAGAGGCUGGAGGAAAGGGCACACAAACUACAGGAGGCUAACCUCAAAGUGGUACACCUACUCUUUACAGAUAUAGUCUAGACUCUAGUGCCUUACUCUUUACAGAUAUAGUCUAGACUCUAGUGCCUUACUCUUUACAGAUACUAUAGUCUAGACUCUAGUGCCUUACUCUUUACAGAUAUAGUCUAGACUCUAGUGCCUUACUCUUUACAGAUAUAGUCUAGACUCUAGUGCCUUACUCUUUACAGAUAUAGUCUAGACUCUAGUGCCUUACUCUUUACAGAUAUAGUCUAGACUCUAGUGCCUUACUCUUUACAGAUAUAGUCUAGACUCUAGUGCCUUACUCUUUACAGAUAUAGUCUAGACUCUAGUGCCUUACUCUUUACAGAUAUAGUCUAGACUCUAGUGCCUUACUCUUUACAGAUAUAGUCUAGACUCUAGUGCCUUACUCUUUACAGAUAUAGUCUAGACUCUAGUGCCUUACUCUUUACAGAUAUAGUCUAGACUCUAGUGCCUUACUAACUGCAUGUAUGCAUGCAAGAGGCCAACCUCAUUGGUACGUACAGACACUCUGCCCAUCAGUGUUUACAGAUACAGAAUAGAUGUGUAUAUACAGUUGAAGUCAGAAGUUUGCAUACACUUAGGUUGGAGUCAUUAUAACUUGUUUUUCAACCACUCCACAAAUUUCUUGUUAAGAAACUAUAGUUUUGGCAAGUUGGUUAGGACAUCUACUUCGGUUGGUUAGGACAUCUUGUGCAUGACACAAGUAAUUUUUCCAACAAUUGUUUACAGACAGAUUAUUUCACUUAUAAUUCACUGUAUCACAAUUCCAGUGGGUCAGAAGUUUACAUACACUAAGUUGACUGUGCCUUUAAACAGCUUGGAAAAUUCCAGAAAAGGAUGGCAUGGCUUUAGAAGCUUCUGAUAGGCUAAUUGACAUCAUUUGAGUCAAUUGGAGGUGUACCUGUGGAUGUAUGUCACGAUCGUCAUACACAACGGACCAAGGCGCAGCGUGAUAGGCGUACAUCUUUAAUGGAGUACUUAAUACAAUGCAACAAAACAACAAAACGAUACGUGAAGUCUACGGUCAAUAACACAAACCUACACAGAACAAGAUCCCACAAAUAGCUAUGCCAAACAGGCUGCCUAAGUAUGGUUCCCAAUCAGAGACAACGAGAAUCAGCUGCCUCUGAUUGGGAACCACCCUGGCCAACAUAGAUCUACAUGAUCUAGAACAUAACAUAGAAAAUACAACAUAGAUAAUCCACACCCUGGCUCAACAUAUAAGAGUCCCCAGAGCCAGGGCGUGACAAUGUAUUUCAAGGCCUACCUUCAAACUCAGUGCCUCUUUGCUUGACAUCAUGGGAAAAUCUAAAGAAAUCAGCCAAGAGCUCAGAAAAUAAAUUGUAGACCUCCACAAGUCUGGUUCAUCCUUGGGAGCAAUUUCCAAACGCCUGAAGGUACCACGUUCAUCUGUACAAACAAUAGUACGCAAGUAUAAACACCAUGGGACCACGCAGCCGUCAUACCGCUCAGGAAGGAGACGCGUUCUGUCUUCUAGAGAUGAACGUACUUUGGUGCAAAAAGUGCAAAUCAAUCCCAGAACAACAGCAAAGGACCUUGUGAAGAUGCUGGAGGAAACAGGUACAAAAGUAUCUAUGUCCAUAGUAAAACGAGUCCUAUAUCGACAUAACCUGAAAGGCCGCUCAUCAAGGAAGACUACGGUUUGCAACUGCACAUGGAGACAAAGAUCGUACUUUUUGGAGAUAUGUCCUCUGGUCUGAUGAAACAAAAAUAGAACUGAUUGGCCAUAAUGACCAUCGUUAUGUUUGGAGGAAAAGGGGGGUAGCUUGCAAGCCGUAGAAAACCAUCCGAACCGUGAAGCACGUGGGUGGCAGCAUCAUGCUGUGGGGGUGCUUUGCUGCAGGAGGGACUGGUGCACUUCACAAAAUAGAUGGCAUCAUGAGGAAGGAAAAUUAUGUGGAUAUAUUGAAGCAACAUCUCAAGACGUCAGGAAGUUAAAGCUUGGUCGCAAAUAGGUCUUCAAAAUGGAUAAUGACCCCAAGCAUACUUCCAAAGUUGUGGCAAAAUGGAUUAAGGACAACAAAGUCAAGGUAUUGGAGUGGCCAUCACAAAGCCCUGACCUCAAUCCUAUAGAACAUUUGUGGGUAGAACUGAAAAAGCUUGUGCGAGCAAGGAGGCCUACAAACCUGACUCAGUUACACCAGCUCUGUCAGGAGGAAUUUGCCAAAAUUCACCCAACUUAUUGUGGGAAGCUUGUGGAAGGCUACCCGAACCGUUUGUCCCAAGUUAAACAAUUUAAAUGCAAUGCUACCAAAUACUAAUUGAGUGUAUGUAAACUUAUGACCCACUGGGAAUGUGAUGAAAGAAAUAAAAGCUGAAAUAAAUCAUUCUCUCUACUAUUAUUCUGACAUUUCACAUUCUUAAAAUAAAGUGGUGAUCCUAACUGACCUAAAACAGGGAAUUUUUACUAGGAUUAAAUGUCAGGAAUUGUGAAAAACUGAGUUUAAAUGUAUUUGGCUAAGGUGUAUGUAAACUUCCGACUUCAACUGUUUACAGAUACAGAAUAGUUAGCUUACUGCUUACUGUCAAACUCAUUACCCAGCAGGCCAACCUCAAACUGGGACACGCACUGCCUAUUACCGUUUACAGAUAUAGCUAGUGCCUUACUGCAAGUCUUAGAAAUAAUAGAAAAAGUUAAAUACGUAGUAGGCGUUACCUAAAAACUCUUGAUCACAAUUUUGUGGAAGCAGCAUUCAACCCUACAGGUCAUUCCUGUCUGAUGAGCAGCAUUCAAACCUACAGGUCAUUCCUGUCUGAUGACGUCUCAGAUUUGUACUAUUCUGCCAUCUGGUGGCAUCUUGCAAAACUGCACAGCUACAGCAUCUUGAACACUCUAACACAUGUGUAUGAAUCAGAAGAUUAUAAACAGGGACUAUAAUAUUACAGAGGACCAGAACCCCCCAUCAGCCACUCCCAUGCCCCUCCACCAGGUCUGGGCUAAUCAGCCACAUUAGUCACCCUCUCUCCUCUCUCUCUUUCUCUCUCUCUCUCUCUCUCUCUAUCUCUCUCUCUCUCUGUCCCUCUCUCUCCCCCUCACCCUCUCUCUCCAUCUCCCUCUCUCCAUCUCUCUCUCAUUCUCUCUCUCUCUCUCUCUCUCUCUCUCUCUCUCUCUCUCUCUCUCUCUCUCUCUCUCUCUCUCUCUCUCUCUCUCUCUAUCUCUCCAUUUCUCUCUCUCUCUCCCUCUCUCUCCCAAAACGAACUGUGAGCCAACUAUCUUAAUUUGGGGACAGGUCGAAACACACAUGAAACAUUCAUGGACGUUCUGCUGUUGCUAGCUAAUUUGUCCUGGGAGACAUAGCUGCGGAAAGUAUGGGGUGCUGAGGGUGUUGCAGCACCCCCUAAAAAAUCAGAAUACACAUUUUACAAAUUAAUUUAAUCAAUUUUAGAAUAAGGCUGUAACGUAACAAAAUGUGGAAAAAGUCAAGUCAAUACUUUCCCAAUGUACUUUAUGUCCCCAGUCCUGGCCUGGCGGUCAAAAUAUAUACAGUACCAGUCAAAUGUUUGGACACACCUACUCAUUCCAGGUUUUUUACAUUGUAGAAUAAUAGUGAAGACAUCAAAACUAUGAAAUAACACAUAUGGAAUCAUGUAGUAACCAAAAAAGUGUUUAACAAAUCAAAAUAUAUUUGAGAUUCUUCAAAGUAGCCACCCUUUGCCUUGAUGACAGCUUUGCACACUCUUGGCAUUCUCUCAACCAGCUUCACCUGGAAUGCUUUUCCAACAGUCUUGAAGGAGUUCCCACAUAUGCUGAGCACUUGUUGGCUGCUUUUCCUUCAUGCUGCGGUCCACCACGUGACAUGAGUACACGACCAGUCAGAACUGGGAUAUUUGUGAUGAACAGUCCUUCUUUGUGUUGACCCUUGACCUCUAACCCCUCCCCUCUGUCUAGGUGAAUGCCCCAGCUCCGGUGGAGCAGUACAAGCGGGCGUUUGCCCGUCAGCGAGCCCGUGACCUGGCGCAGCAUGCAGAUACACUGCUCUCCAAGGACAAGGAGAUCGUCGCCCUGCAGCAGAAGUGCAGAGAGCUGGGGACACGCUUGGGCACAGCCAAGGUACCCAACACCAUAUCCCAACACCUGCCAAUUCCACCCCCCCUGGACACUGUCUUUCAAUAACAACCUAGAGUUCGUGUUUUAGAUCGACUACUUUGCAGUCGGGACUGCGCAUAAUCACUGAUCUAAAAAUCACCUUGCAUCUCAAAUAACUACUCACUCGUUAUGUAAUCAAUAUUGGUGGUUCUGCUCCUCUCCUUGCUCAAACUGAUCCCCUCAAAAGCACUGAAACAUUUCAAUAAGAACCUAUUAUCUAACAGGAGCAGUCUAAAAGGUUCACUGUAUCAUCCGUUGUAGUCAGUCACAUUCACUAACCUCAUCAAAGGUCUAUAAUGCCUCAGUUCUGCCCUCUGCUGGGCUGGAUAAACCCUCUCUGAACCUGAACUACUUCCUGGGCUGUACUAAUAGAUGUCCGUGGUGAGAGGUUCUAACUGCCUCCUCCUUUUACUGUUCUUCUUCUGUCACUAAGAUCUCAUUGUUCUGGUCUAAACAUCUGCUGGGAGUAUUACUACUGAGGGAAUCCCAGCGUGAGCUGAGUUGAUGGUAAUAGUGUGGAUGAUGAUUGGGAGUGUCAUCCAGCAGUACUCUGUUAGCCCGUGGAGCAGUUGUUCUUGGGGGGUUAAGUGCUUUGCGCUAGGGCACAACGGCAGGCAAUGGCAUCUAGGAUUUGCCAGCUCACUUCCCGCCAGAUCUUUCCCCAUUAGACCCGGGAAUCGAAUUGGCAACCCUGCGGUUGCUGGCUUGCCUCUCUAAACGCUAGGCUACCUGCAGACCCAUUGAUCCAGGAAUUUCCUCAGUCUUCCUCAGUCUUAAAAUCUUGAAAUACAGUGGUUGAAGAUCUGAUAACAUUCAGUAUCAAAAAUAUGCAAAAGUAGAGAAAAUUAGAAAGGGGGCAAAUACUUUUUCACGGCACUGUAUUUAGUAUCUUUGCAUGUUGAAAUAUCUUUGACCUCUGUGUGUUGCAGGGCUCCCCAGUCCCGUCUGGCGUGGUGGAGUUUGAGAGGCUGCUGAGGGAGUCCCAGAAGGAGGUGCUGAGGCUCCAGAGGCAACUGUCAAUCUCCUCCUCCAGAGACACCUCCUCUAAAGACACCUCCUCUAAAGACGCCUCCUCCAGAGACACCUCCUCCAGAGACACCUCCUCUAGAGUCACCUCCUCUAGAGUCACCUCCUCCAGAGACACCUCCUCUAGAGACACCUCCUCUAGAGUCACCUCCUCUAGAGUCACCUCCUCUAGAGUCACCUCCUCUAGAGAUACCUCCUCUAGAGUCACCUCCUCCAGAGUCACCUCCUCCAGAGUCACCUCCCCUAAAGACGCCUCAUGCAGGAAACACAAUGGCCACGACAGGCCCUGCACACCAGAGGAGGAGAGGGUGGAGAAG